GCGCACAAGAAACUUCUCCUGCAGUUUGGCUCCUCACUCACUCCAUUAUUUUGGAUUUAACUCUGAUUUCUGCUUUGCCUUGUUCGGGAUGUAUGUUUGGUAGCUCUAAUAUAAAUCAGAACUCCAAAAGAUUUUCUAAACUUGGCUUGGAAGGAGAAUGAGGAUGAUGAUAUUGUCACUCCUUCUGUGUUUUUUCCUGUAUGAUGCAGCAGUUCGUGCUCAGGACACUGUAUGCACACAAAAAGUCGAAUGCCCCAUCGACCUGUACUUUGUCAUUGACACCUCGGAGACCAUCGCUCUGCAGGAGAAUCCACCAGGCAGCCUGGUCGAAAGCAUCAAAGAGUUCACCGCAGCCUUUGCUAGGAAACUAGAAGAUGUUGACUACAAAGGUUUAGUCCAGAUCAGAUGGUCUGUGGGAGGUCUCCACUUCUCUCAGCGGCAGGAGAUCAUCAGCGCUAUCACUAAUAAGGAUGAAUUCAUCAGGAGGCUGCAGCCCAUCAGGUAUCUGGGCAAGGGCACGUACAUUGAUUGUGCCAUCACUAACAUGACCCAGCAGCUGGUCCGCUCGCCAUCCAAACCCAACACCAAGCGCUUCGCUGUGGUCAUCACCGAUGGUCACGUGACGGGAAACCCAUGCGGUGGGAUCAAAGUGGCCGGUGAGCGAGCGCGUGAUGAGCUCAUUAAGAUUUUUGCCAUUGCAUCGUCCAGGAAUCUGGAGGAGACGGGACUUCGGGAGAUCGCUAAUUCACCCGCUGGUGUUUUUCGCAAUAAAUACAUGGCGGUCGAUCUCUCGGGGGGGCGGCCUUUCAUUGUGACAUCAACAAUCGACCGCAUUUACGACACAAUGCUUCAUCUGGCUUAUCAAGAGUGCUACUCUGCCAAAUGUUUGGAGACUCCAGGACCUCCAGGUCCUUCAGGAUACAAAGGACAGAAAGGAGCUAAAGGAGAUAACGGUGACCCUGGCCCUAAAGGUGACAGAGGGCGUCCUGGAGAUCCAGGUAUUGAGGGACCCAUCGGACAUCCUGGACCUAAAGGAGAGCCGGGUCUCAAAGGUGAAAAGGGGGAAAUUGGAGCUGCAGGGAAAAAGGGUGUUGCAGGAAUAUCUGGCCGUAAUGGAACAGAUGGACAGAAGGGAAAAAUCGGGAGGAUUGGCGCACCUGGCUGCAAAGGUGACCCAGGUGACAAGGGUCCUGAUGGCUAUCCCGGAGAUGUUGGUGAUUCUGGUCUUCCAGGAGCUCCAGGAGAGAAGGGAGAUCCAGGUCGUGCAGGAAGAUCAGGUCCGCCCGGCCCACUUGGAGACACUGGACCCAAAGGAGAAAGAGGAAGCCCCGGAUCACCUGGAGUUCCUGGCUUGAAAGGACCUGCUGGGGCGGCCGGUAGACAAGGACCUAAAGGCGAUCCUGGGAGACGAGGUGACUUUGGACCUAAAGGCAGCACUGGACCUAAUGGGCCGAAAGGGGACAAGGGUGAACCAGGCCCUGAGGGGCCGAGGGGUCUGGCAGGUGAAAUCGGUGACAAAGGAUCUAAGGGCGAUGUAGGACUUCCUGGACCAAGAGGCCCGCCGGGAGCUCCUGGGGAACCAGGAAGAAAUGGUACUCUAGGUGACCCAGGUGAUGCAGGACCAAGAGGAGAUCCUGGCCCCCCGGGACCAAAGGGAGAUUCAGGCAGACCUGGGUUCAGCUAUCCUGGACAGAGAGGACCUACGGGUGACAGGGGCGACAAAGGUGCACCAGGGCCCAGAGGAAGUAGAGGAGACUGUGGAUCGAAGGGAGACCCAGGCCCCAAAGGAACUCCAGGAGGGCCAGGAGAGCCCGGACCCGCUGGAGAGCCUGGACCGAGAGGGCCGAGAGGAGAUGGAGGAAGAGAUGGUGACCCUGGCCCAGAGGGAGACCCCGGCCUUACUGAAUGUGACGUCAUGAACUAUAUCAGAGAGACCUGUGGAUGCUGUGACUGUGAAAAGAGAUGUGGCGCUCUGGAUAUUGUGUUUAUUAUUGACAGCUCAGAGAGUGUGGGAUUGACAAACUUCACCCUGGAGAAGAACUUUGUCAUCAACACCCUCAACAGACUGGGAUCCAUGGCAAAAGAUCCCAAUUCUGAAACAGGAACGCGAGUCGGCGUCGUCCAGUACAGUCACAAUGGAACAUUCCAGGCGAUUCGCCUCAACGACUCCAAGAUCGACUCUCUGUCUGCCUUCAAAGAUGCUGUGAAGAAGCUGGAGUGGAUCGCCGGAGGAACGUGGACUCCUUCGGCCCUGAAGUUCGCCUACGAUAACCUGAUCCGUGGCAGCCGUCGCGCAAAGGCUAACGUGACGGUGGUUGUGAUCACAGACGGCCGGUACGACCCACGCGAUGAUGACAAGCUGCUCAAUUACCUGUGCACAGACACCAGCAUUGAUGUGAACGCCAUCGGUAUUGGCGACAUGUUCGAUCAGCCAGAGGAGAACGAAAGCCUGAAGUCUAUCGCAUGCAGAAAAGAUGGCAGGGUCAUGGGCAUGAGGCGAUUCGCUGAUCUGGUCGCGGAGGAUUUCAUUGAUCGAAUUGAGGCCGUUCUUUGCCCAGAUCCAGUGAUUGUAUGUCCUGACCUUCCAUGCAAAAGUGAUGUGGUGUCUUCGUGGAAUGGGUAUCCCUUACACGACGCCCUUGCAGAGGAGGGGAAGGACAGUCCCGUCCCGAACACUGUACCGAGCGUGGCAAACUUAAUCAACAAUCUACAAGAGGCCAAGCACCCCGAUACCUACACCAGAGCUGUAGCUACAUUGGCUUACACAGCCCAGAGAGCGAAACAGGCCUCUGGACCUGAAAAACAGAGAUGGACCGAUCUGUUCAUUGACUCGUUUAGAAUUGUCUAUUCUGACAUCAUGGGAGACCCAAACAAGGCUCUCGGCUUGUGUUAGGCUUCUGAUAUGGAUUGGCCAUUUCUAAAACCAAAUCGAAAGAAUUGGAAGCCCUUGGCCUCGCUGUAGAGUUGUGCUUAAGAAUGAAUUUUGUUUCUAUCAGCAACCAUUUCUGCAUUAACAACUAGAAUGUAAUGCUAAUACUUUUCUUAGUUUGCAGGAAACAAGCAUGUAAAAUAGUUAACUUCAUGGCCAUUUUAACAACCACUAACUCUACUAACAUUUGCUACGAGCAGUUCCUUGCUAAGAAAAUGUGAAACGGCAACCACGUCUCUUCACCUCAAUGCUUGCUGUGCUGUAAUCUUUUUGUGUGUGUGUGUGUGUGUGUGUGUUCUUAUUGAAGCAGAAUGAACAUUUUUAAACAGACUCUAGGACACUUUGCAUGUGCCACGUGCUCUCGUUAGUUUACGUUAAUUUGCUUGAAUCCUCAGGGUCGCUACGAUUUGAAGGCAAUUUCAUCUUAUAAAUGUGACGGGAGAUGUGUCAGUGUGACGCAUCUAUACAGAUGACAUGUAUUGUGAGCUUCACGAUAAUCAUUGAAAUCAGUUUUGCACUUUGCACAUCAUGGCUGAAUUCUGAAGCCAUGCCCCUGUAGCUUCUCAUAGAUUUUGGACAAUAUUUAUACAAGCUUUUUAGAUGCUAAACCAUUAUUGAUCAUCAGAUGUCCCCGGUAUUUUUCAUUUAUCCAAUCUGGUGCAAUUUUUCUGGUUAAUAUAUUAAUUUUAGAUUAGGGCCAUAACAAUUGGAGACAUUCAGAAUAGUGAUUGAUCAAUUUGGGUUUUCAAUCACUAAUUAUAUAUAUAUAUAUAUAUAUAUAUAUAUAUAUAUAUAUAUAUAUAUAUAUAUAUAUAUAUAUAAUAAUUAGUGAUUGAAAACCCAAAUUGAUCAAUCACUAUUCUGAAUGUAGUCAAAAGAGAGAAAAUAAAUAAAUAUAUAUAUAUAUAUAUGCAAUUCAGUCUUGCUUUUUGUAGACUCCUUACAUGAAUGUUUAUGGCCAUCUAUGUGUCACAUAUUGUAUGCACAAUUAUUGUUUUUGGCUGUAAAUACAUAUUAGCGAUAUGAAUUAGAAAUGUACUGCACAUCUACAGCAUUGCUUAUGCAUGAGAGAAAGACUCACUGAAUGUGUCUGAGCUUUAUGAGCUAAUCGAAUUUCAGAGGGAACAUUGUUUCAUUAAAAUAAUGAGACUUUUUCUUGGUAAUGCAAACUUAUGUACAUUUAGUUACAAUAAUUAUACGUAUAUUACACUGUAUAUUAGAAAUGUGCAAUGAGAAAUGAUAUAAGCUCGUGGACUGCAAGAACUUUUGCAAGAAGAAAUUUGUAACAAAUAAACAUAUAUGCAUUUAGCAAUCAAA